AUGUAUUAUUUAGAAGAUUAUUUAGAAAGUAAGUUUAAUUGUUAAUGUUAAAUAUUUGCCUACAUUGAUAAUGAACUGAUAAAUUUACCUAUGUUCAAAUGUUUUCUUAAAGAACUAGAAUGCUUACCAGAAGAAAUAAAAAAAAACUUGAUGAAAUUAGGCGAAAUGGACCACAAUGUAAUAAGUAUGUCAUAGAAUCUUUUUUAUCUAUCUAUUAGAAUAUUAAUAGUGAAUUUUUUAAUCUAUUCAUUGGUCAAUUGAUUAAUUUAUUCAAUAAUCUAAAUCAUUUUAUAUUGCCUAUUUCGUUGUAAAUAUUUCUCGUAUAGUACCUACAUCUACAUUGAUGGUAUAAACGAAUCAAAAAUACAAGAUGUACAAUUAAAAUGUCAUUUACAUGUUAAUUGUCUUGCAUAAUAAAAUUCAGUAUUACUACUUGAUACAAGAUAUAUUAAGUUAGAACAAGUUUUAGAACACAUCUCUUACUCAAAUAUAAAAUUUAAGAAAUACUGAUAUAGAUCAGUUUUUCCAAACUUAUAGGCCACAAAAUAUUUUUGAUGGAAGCAAUGUUGAUAAACUAAUGAGGAAAAUAUCUUGAUUAUAUUUAAAUAAAUUAUCAAUUGCAUUGAAUAGAUGUUUUUGAAAAAACAUUUGUGACAAUUUUCAAUGAUAGAAAAACUUAUCAUUAUUUUCAUUUCAAAGUUGAAUUCCAAUGCUCUUCUUGAAACUUAGAUUUUAAAACUUUUUUUAUAAUAACACUUAUGAAAAUAAAUUUAAAAUGAAACUACUGUAGAUUCUUUUUAUGUCAAACGUCUAUCUUAAAUUUUGUGUUAUCUAAAACUACACUGAAAUCCCCUUGAAACUACCAUUAUAAACUCAAUAGUAUUUUACUCUUGGUAACAUGAGUAUACAAAUAUUUUUAUUAUAAUAAGAACAGCAAAUUGUACAUUACAUUUCGUAAUGUAAUUGUGAUUGCAGAGUUGGUAUUCAAUAUUUGUAAUUCUUUGUACAAUAUAGUGAAAUGGAAAAUAAGCGUAAAUUAAAUGUCCAUUCAAUUUCGGACAAUGUUCGUUUAAUAGGUAGACAUAGUUGAAAAAGGUGACUGUAAAAAUGUCAAAUUGCUAAUGAAUUCAAUAUUCCACCAAAUACAUUAUUGCCAUUAUAAAACUUAACAUUAAUGGAACAAUUUUAUUUGUAAAACAAACUUUAAUGACAGUUUUUUAAAAAAUUAAUUAAUUAAUUAUUGCAGUUCAUUGAUCUGUAUUAGGGUUAAAAUUUUAAUGUAACUCGAUAUUUCAAACUUUUUUCUGUUCCCCUUGAGAUUUGACAUUACGAGAAUCUAAUGUUUUAUGCAUUUUUGCUGUGUAUGUAAUGAAUAUCCAAUCCAGAACUUUCAUUAAAUGAGAUAAUAAAACUAUUACUUUUCCCUAUCUACAUGGGUGGAUAGACUUACCAAGAAGUUGAGAAUUUCUUAGUGUCCCUCCCCUCUGAUGGGCCCCCAUUAUUUUACUAUUGAUGUUUUGUAUUUUAUUUUCAUUUUGCAAUAUUUCACAUAAUUAGCUAUUCAUUGUUUAGUAUAAAAUUAAAUAAUAAAAAUGCAUUAAUAUAGGUAUUAAUAUAAUACCUAUUACUUUAAUUAUUUAUUAAUAACAGAGCUAUAAUUUAUAUGCAACAGCAUGUUUUUUUGCGACUUCUGAUUAUUGAUUUUGUCAGUAAUUUCCACAAAUCGCCUCAGGAUGAGAUAAAUGGUGGCGUUUUUAUUUUGCAUGUUUUUGCAUAUUUUGAAUAAAAUGCAUAUUAUUGCAUAUAUUGAAUAUUUUGAUUAUAAGAAUUUCAAAAAUGCAUGUUUUAUAGUAUUUUAUAUUUAAUUUUAGCCCUUCUGAUUUUUGUCAAACAUAAAUUUUAUUUUUAUAAAUAAAAUCCUAUGGUAUAAUAGGUAUGCAAUAAAAUAUUGAAUAGUUUGAUGGAGAAAGACUUCAUGAAAAUUUACAGAUUAUAAUAAAUGCUAGUAAUCGACUUCUUGAGUGUAACUGAAGAGUCGCAGAUAAAGUUAAAAACGAAAUCCUUGGUUUUACAAAAAAAAAAGGAUUUAAAACUCUAUAAUCAAUAAAUAAAAUAUUAAAUGGCGAAUCAGAGAAGGACAAUUUCAGUUGUAAUUUAACACCAGGACAAAUUUCUUUAUUUAAAUAUGCGCCAAUUACAUUAUGUGAAGUUGAACGGAGCUUUAGUUAAUAUAAAUCAAUACUACGAUCCAAUCACCUAUCAUCUAUAUUUUAAUAUAAAAAAAUAUGAUGUAGCAUGUAAUACACAUAUUUCCACUAUUGAAUGUGAAUUAUAAAUUUUAUUUCCAAAUUAUUUUAUUUUAUUUUAUUUCUCAACUAUAUUAUAUUAAGAUAAACAGCCAAUCGCUGAUGUAUUUCAAUAAAUAAAUAUUUUUUUUGUAGCUAUAUUUUUGUGUUUAUCCUAUAUAAAUUUAAAUACAUAUUUUUGCAUAUUUUAGUAAACAAAAUGUAUAUUUUAAAAUUUUUUAUUGCAUACAAAUCCUAGCCAUGAUUAUUACUAUUGUUAAUAUAACUGUAUUAAACCAUUAUGGAAUAGUUACCUAAUUUUUUUUUUCUUUUAGUGGGACCUCCACACCUAACAAAGAGUAAAUUUGUGUGUCCUCAUUACAAAAAUAUUUGGAAACAUUGUUUUAUAUAUAUUUAAUAUUAUUACGUAGACUUUUUUAUUUAAUUUAAUGUAAACUAAAUUUUAAAAAGUAUUCUUAACAAAAAAAAAAAACUUAUUGAAUAAAAAAUUAGAAUUGAUGAAAUUAGAGGUAUAAUAAACUAACAGAGUUGUUACUUCUUACUUAUAUAUUUUUUACCCAAUUUAUUUCAGCAUCUAUGGAUAAUAUUCGUAAAAGAGUGGAUAUUUUGUUUUCGAAAGCAGACCAUAUAGAUCCACAAGAAUUCGAAACAAAUUUUCAGGCUAUUAUGUCUGAUGGGAGUAAAACUGUUGAAGAAUCCGGUAAAUAUAUUGUUUUUAUUUAAUGAAAAAAAAUGUAUAAAGAUUAUAUUAUAUAAUUUUAAAUUUCAAUCUUAGAUGCAAAAAUUCAGCUGGCUGACCAAAUGCAAGAACUCAUGACCAAGUACAUUGGGCGAUUAGACCAAGAAAUACACAAAUUCAAAAUGGAAAUGGAAGCUGAUUAUAGUGGUAUUACUGAACUUAUUGAAAAAAGUGAAUAUAGAGUUGAAUACUACCACAAUAUUUUUUUUAAUUAUAAUUUUUAAAUACCUUUUAUGUUUAGGAAGUUUAGAUUCAGAGCAGAGCAAUGUUAAAUAUCCCUCACCAAAAAAAGGUCAGCUGAACAGACGUCUCUUUGGAGGUAGGUAGUUUAAACAUUUAGCUUUUAUCCAGCUACAUUCCUUGCACCUUUCUAUGGUUCCUGCAUUUAAUAAUGUAACAUUUGCAGAUUUUUUAAAUGAUCAUUUCAUUUACUUUAAAACCUAUUUUAACAUAAUUAUAUUAUCACCAUUAUUUUAUUUAAGAUGAAUACAAUAUUAUUUUUACACUAUUAUAUUGCAUUAUUCAUUUACUUAGAGUUACAAAAUAUGUUUUUAUUCUAUUUAUUUGACUAAUUUGCUCUAUUGAACUCAUUGUCAGUGUAUUAUAAUUUAUCAUUUGUAGAUCGAGUAUAUCAAAGAAACUAAUAGUUUUGCUAAGCUGUUUGUAUGUUUUUUUGUCUUGGUAAAUACUUUUGCAAUUAGUGAAAAUUCUCAGAUUGUUUCAUAAAGUACCUCAAAAGAUGUGAAAUUUCUGUCCAGUGUUUUUUAAAAUAUUUAUUAAAAUGUUCAACAGUUCAAUGUAAAUUGUUAUUGUUCAAUAUUCAGGUGUUAAUUGAAGUUAAAUUUUUUUAGUAGUUUCAUUUUUUAUGGCAAAUCACACACUUAUAUAAAGAAAUUUGAAUAAUAUACAUUUAAUAAUAUUAUAAAAAUAAGUUACCUUUAGGUAGGUAAGUUAAAUUAUACAAUUAUUGUAAAAUAGAAUUAUCUCGGAGACAAUCUUUUCUAUUAUUAAUUAUUUAUUUUCUAUACAUUAUUAAUAAAUUACUAAAAUUUGAAUACAAACUCAAAUUAAUUUAAUAUCAGUAGUUAUAUGUGUUUUUUUUAAAAAAAAUCUAACAUUACUUAUUUGGAUUUUUAUAAAAAUGUUAAAUACUAAUUAUAAAUUGCAUGUAUUUUUUUUUUAUUUUGUGUUGUAGAAAAGAAAAGAGAAAUAUAUAACAUUAGCCUGCAUAAAGAAAAAUCAAUAGUUUCUAGUUCUACUAGUAAUAUAGAUGUAACACAGUCUUCACAAUAUUAUCCGAAUCCUAUGCACACUCUUAUGACUUUACCUUACUCCUUGGGACGAAAUAAACCUUGUAGUACUGUUACAUCCCAAACAAUUAGUGAUGCUCAACAGGUAUUUUGAAGAAAAAUAUAUAUAUUUAAAAUAUCACAAAGAAAUAUUAAAGUUUUUGGUUUCCCACUUUGAUUAUUUACAUAUAUUUAUGUAUAUGUAUUUGAAUUGAGUUUUAGUAAAAAAAAAAAAAUCAAAUUACUUAACAAUCUUUGUUAAAUUUAUAUAUUUAUUUUAAAUGAAAUAAUUUUUUUCUCUUUAUUAAUAUUAAUGUUAAAUUAUACUUGUUUUAGCUUCCUGGAAGGUUUAGUGUGAAUAGUUCAGAAGCGUCUAUAGAAACCUUUAGCCCUGAAAUAUCAUUUGGAAGUCAAAUAGGAACUGUUACUGACGUAUUGUUUCCAGAAUUAUGUUGUGAUGAAUUAUCGAAGACUGAACACAAUAGGUUACAUUAAUAUUAUAACAUAAGACCAAUAUUAGUGUUUUAAUUAAUAAUUAGGUACAUAAUAUUUUUUUGGGGAAUUUUAAUUACUGUAGCCAGGAAGAAAUGGGAAAUUUAACUAUGCUAAUGGAUGGAGACACAAGUAUUACAAGUGAUGUAGAUGAAAUUCGUUACUGUACAUGUAAUGAUGUAGCUUAUGGUGCAAUGGUUGCCUGUGAUAACAAAAUGGUAAUUAAAUAAUUAAUAUUUAGGGCUGUGAAUUUGUAAGAAAAUGUAUUUGUUUGUUUUAACUGACUGUGAAGCUUUCUAAGUAAAUUUGAAUGAUAUAACAACAAAUUUAUUUAUGAAACUUUUAUUUUCCAUUUUUUAACAGUUUUAAUUUUCAAGAUUAUUUUUUGGAUUUGUUAAGUCAUAUUUUCCUUUUUAGUCAAACAGUUUAAUCAAAUUUUAAUAAUUAACAUUUUAACACACAUAUUUUUUUGUUUUACUCAGGCCGUACUAUUUGAUGUGUAUACAUCAAAUUUACAUUUUAUAAAAUAAUAUUUUAUACAAGCUAUAUAGUUUAUACUGGUUAGGUAAAGAUAAAGAUUUGAUAAAAUAAGACAAUAUUGCAGAAAUAAACUAAUUUAACAUUCAAAUUCGAUCAACAUUUUUAUAAUUUUUUUUUUAUUAAAUAAAUAGAUGUGUCAAAAUAAAAUAUAAAUUAAAUUAAAUUGAAACCGAUUUUAAGUGCAUUUUUAAGGUUUUUUACUGUAUUAAAUUCACAGUCCUAUUCAUAUUACAUAAUAUUAUGUCAUAUAUUUAAUUAUUUAAUACUUACCUGUGUAGUGCCCAUAUGAAUGGUUUCAUUAUAAAUGUGUUGGUAUCAAAACUCCCCCAAAAGGCAAAUGGUAUUGCUCCAAGUGUAAAAAAACAUCAACAAAGGCUCAAAAAGUACUAAAAUCUAAGAGUACAUCAAGAGUAUUGGAAUAA